AUGGCGGCGGCGGCGGGCGAGGCGCGCCGGGUGCUGGUGUACGGCGGCAGGGGCGCGCUCGGCUCGCGCUGCGUGCAGGCCUUCCGGGCCCGAAACUGGUGGGUCGCCAGCAUCGACGUGGUAGAGAAUGAAGAGGCCAGUGCCAGUGUCGUUGUUAAGAUGACAGACUCAUUCACUGAGCAGGCUGACCAGGUCACUGCUGAGGUUGGGAAGCUCUUGGGUGAUGAGAAGGUGGAUGCCAUUCUCUGUGUGGCUGGAGGAUGGGCCGGAGGCAAUGCCAAAUCCAAGUCUCUCUUUAAAAACUGUGACCUGAUGUGGAAGCAGAGCAUGUGGACAUCGACCAUCUCCAGCCAUCUGGCCACCAAACACCUGAAGGAAGGCGGCCUCUUGACCCUGGCUGGUGCCAAGGCUGCCUUGGAUGGGACUCCUGGGAUGAUUGGCUAUGGCAUGGCCAAGGGUGCGGUCCAUCAGCUCUGCCAGAGCCUUGCAGGAAAGAACAGUGGCAUGCCACCUGGAGCAGCUGCCAUCGCUGUGCUCCCGGUUACUCUGGAUACCCAGAUGAACAGGAAAUCAAUGCCUGAGGCUGACUUCAGUUCCUGGACACCUUUGGAGUUUCUGGUUGAAACCUUCCAUGACUGGAUCACAGGGAAAAACCGACCGAGCUCAGGAAGUCUAAUCCAGGUGGUAACUACAGAAGGAAAGACAGAGCUCACCCCAGCAUAUUUUUAAGGUUCAUCUCAGUGUCUGUGUGGUAGAGACUUGCCCAAGACACUGCCCUGUCGCAGUGUGGUCGCAUAAGAGCCUGUGUUUUCUGUCUUCCUAUUUAUGGUAUGAGAUAACAAAUCCUGUUUGUCUCUCACCUAAUAUUCAUUAUUGUUUUGAAUGUCAUGUUUAUGUCAUAAAUGUAAUUUUUGUGGCCUCAGCUUGAACUGCCUUAAAAUUUCUUUGUGAUGUAAGCUAAAACCUGUGGACCCUGUCAUGAUUUUUUGUGCAGUUGCCAACUGUCCUCGCCCUGGGUUAAGGUGUGCAAGAGAACUUACUCAUGAGUGUUUGGAAUGUUUUUUCCUAAUAAACAUUCUUCCCGUG